GUGCUUCAUCCGACGGCCCCCUGAAGCUGCUUCCAGAAAACCACUUUGACCUCGUGGUGAUAGACGAGUGCGCUCAGGCCCUGGAAGCCAGUUGCUGGAUCCCUCUGCUGAAGGCUCCGAAGUGCAUCCUGGCCGGGGACCACAAACAGCUUCCCCCCACCAUCAUCUCUCACAAGGCUGCUGCCGAGGGCCUUUCGCUCAGCCUGAUGGAGCGCCUGAUGGAGCGGUACGGGGAGAAGGUUGUGAAGAUGCUGACGGUGCAGUACCGAAUGCACCAGGCCAUCAUGCACUGGGCGUCCUCGGAGAUGUACGGCGGGCGGCUCACCGCUCACCCGUCGGUGGCCCAGCAUUUGCUCAGGGACCUGCCGGGUGUCACCUCGACCGACGAGACCACCAUUCCCUUGUUGCUGAUAGACACCGCAGGCUGCGGCCUGUUUGAGCUGGAAUUGGAAGAGGAACAGUCUAAAGGGAAUCCAGGGGAGGUGCAGCUGGCCGGCCUGCACGUCCAGGGCUUGGUGGAGGCCGGCGUGAAGGCGCGAGACGUGGCUGUCGUAGCCCCCUACAACCUUCAGGUGGACAUGCUAAGAGAGCACCUUUGCCACAGGUACCCAGAACUAGAAGUUAAAUCAGUUGACGGUUUCCAGGGAAGGGAGAAGGAGGCGGUGAUCCUGUCGCUUGUGAGAUCCAACAGGAAAGCAACCAAAGCGGAGUGCCGGAAGCCAGAAACGCGGUUCUCCCCGAACGCGAGCGGCCCCGGGAGAGAGAGCCCAGGGACAAAAGACGGCACCGACGGGUUCAAGGCCAUGCUGGUGGCCUUCCUGGAGAGCAGCGAGACGCGGUUGGAUUUCCCCCCAUCCCUCAAUUCUCACGAUCGGCUGCUGGGUCCCCCGAUGCAUCCCAGCACGGAAACGCCCGGCCCUGCUGAGCCAGGAGCAAGCAGCCGGGGCUCAGGGAACGUGGACCUGAAAAGCCUGCACCUGGAGAGAGUUCAGAGGGAGAAAGCCAGGCGGGAAGAGGCGCCGGCUGGGAAGGCUCAGCAGCCCAGCGCCGGCCUUCAGGGCAGCAGCAGGAAGAAAGACAAAAGCGGAGCCAAAGAGCAGGUGGAAGGGGAAUCCCCGGCUCCGGGAAUGAAAGUGCCCGAUGCCCCGGCUGUCCCCGGCAUCUGUCUGUCCCCUCUCCGCCAGGUUCACGGCUGCGGGGAGAAGGCCAAGGCCCACGCACGGCAGAGGAUCAGCAGGGAAGGGGUGCUCUAUCCCGGGAGCGGCUCCAGAGACAAGGACCUGGACCCGGCUAAGAGAGCCCAUCUCCAGCGGCGCCUGGCCCAGAAGCUCCGUGAACUGACCACCAGCCAGAGAAAGAGCAAAAAGAAGGACAAGGAGAAGUGA